CUCAUCCUGAGCCAUGCCUUCUGCUGUGACAACUGUCCUCCUGAUGGGGGCGCUGAUGGUCGCGUCGGCCUUUGCUUAAUCUUACACCGAUGAAGAGUUGACAACCAUGUGUGCCAACAACGUGCCGGAACCAUGUCGUUUAAGGCUACCUGGCGGUUACCACCUGAAUCAAAACACCUGUGUCAAGAUAUCAACCACGGAAAAGGAUUAUGAAGGCGCACUGGCGCAGUGUGAGAGUUGGCGCUUUCUCGGUCAUUUGGUAGUAGUGAAAAAUGCCGAGGAGCAAAAGAAGCUGCUGUGUAUGAUAAAACAGGUGUCCCCACAGCGACUCCACUACUGGUUGGGUCUUAGAAGAGAUGGUAAAAGAUACUUCUGGAUUGAUGGAAGUGAAGAAGUGACCUAUGCUGUAUGGGCCGAAGGUCAGCCCAACAACGCUAACGGCCAAGAGGGCUGCGUGUGGAUAAACACUGACACCUGGGGCCUGUGGGAUGACGUCCGCUGUACUGAAACAGCUGGUGUGGUGUGUGCGGUUAGAGUUAGAGUGUGAUUGUUUGCAUCUCCAAGAGUCAACAAGAGCGGCCGCUCAGUUUGUCUCCUCGUGAGCACAAACAGGCUUUUACA